CCUGAUUUGAAAAGAACCAAUCAAGUAAAUUGUUAUUUCUUUAUCUUCUGCAGCUUUCACUCCCCAUUUUUCUCUUUUUAUCAUUCUUUUUCUUUUCUUUUUCGGUAAAACAUGAUUGGCAAUCACGAAACAACUGUGGAUAUUCAUGCACCUGCACAUACGUAUUACACAACUGGCAAUAAUGCUCGUAUGCGUAGUCUUUCUGGACACUAUAAAAUUGCUGAUGGUUUCCAAAGAAAAAGAAGAGCUUCUCAUGAUGAUAAAAGCAAGGCUCGAAAAUUCUUGCUCGAUGUCAAAGAAACACAGCGCAUUUUAGUUGAACAAGAAGACACAGAUGGUGAUUUUCAAAUCACUGUCAAUGAUUUAGGCCCGAAAUCGCUUUCUGUUGGCAGUGCAGAUUCAGGCGGUUAUCUCAAGAUUGAAAUUCGCGGUACGUAUAUGUUGUCAAACCUACUACAAGAACUUGCGCUUGCAGAAGAUUGUGGACGAAAACAUAUUGUGCUAGAUGAAGCUCGUCUUAAUGAGAAUCCUGUCGAUCGCCUUUCGCGUAUGAUUCGCUAUCAUUUUUGGGAUGGUCUAACAAGACGCAUUGAUGCUGAGGGACUAGAACGUAUUUGUCUUGAUCCUAAGAAUAGAUCUGGUCAUCAUGGUCCAUGCAUCUAUGUUCCCUUUGAUGAAGAUGAGGCUCUUGAGUAUUAUCGACAAGUGGCUAGUACAAAACCUCAUUUACAGUUGCAAGUAGAACGCUUACCUAAAGAAAUUACGCCCGAGUAUGUCCAAAGCAUUAAUGAUAGACCUGGCAUUCUGGCUCUGGCACUCAAGAAAAUCAAACAAAACGACAAGAUAACAUUUGAAGGUGUACCCUUUGUUGUUCCCGGUGGAAGAUUUAAUGAAAUGUAUGGCUGGGAUUCUUAUUUUGAAGCUCUUGCUCUCUUGAUGGAUGGUCGUGUUGACUUGGCUCAAGGCAUGGUAGAUAAUUUUGUGUAUGAAAUUAAACAUUAUGGCAAGAUCUUGAAUGCGAACCGCUCUUAUUAUCUUUCAAGAUCACAACCGCCCUUUUUGACAGAUAUGGCCUUGCGUGUUAAACAACAUUUGCCUGAUGUGUGUGACAAGAAAGCAUGGUUACGCGGUGUGUUACAAGCUGCAAUCAAAGAGUAUCACACGGUCUGGAUGUCAGAACCACGUUUGGACCCCAAAACCCAACUUUCUCGGUUCCGGCCUGCUGGAAAAGGCAUUCCUCCUGAAACUGAAGCAUCUCAUUUCGACCAUGUGAUCCAACCUUAUGCUACGCGAGCUGGUUUAUCUGUUCAGGAACUCAUGAAACAAUACAACGAAGGUACUUAUAUUGAACCUAAACUAGACGAGUACUUUUUACAUGACCGUGCUGUUCGUGAAUCUGGACAUGACACCACAUAUCGCUAUGAAGGUCGGUGUGCCAACCUCGCCACUAUUGACUUGAACUCGCUACUUUACAAGUAUGAGACAGAUAUUGCAGAUAUGAUCACUAGCGAGCUUGAUGGUGAUCUGGUAGAUUAUGAUGGUGUAGUACAAGAUGCAGGCUUAUGGCGCGAAAGAGCACGUCAAAGAAAAGCGCGUAUUGACAAAUAUUUGUGGAACGAACAAGAAGGCCUUUACUUUGAUUAUGAUACAGUUGCUGAAGAAAAUAUCCAUUAUGAGUCUGUCACUGCAUUUUGGGCCAUGUGGGCAGGUUGCGCAAGUCAAGCACAAGCUGAAAGAAUGACACGUCAAUCACUUCACAAGUUUGAAGUGAUGGGUGGGCUUGUGUCUGGCACCAUCAAGUCAAGAGGCGAAAUCAGUCUAGACCGUCCUAAUCGUCAAUGGGACUUUCCGUUUGGCUGGGCUCCCCAUCAAAUCAUGGCAUGGCAUGGCUUUGAAAGAUACGGCAUGAUAGAUAUUCAGCAGCGACUAGCUUAUCGUUGGCUCUAUAUAAUCACUAAAUCAUUUGUUGAUUUUAACGGUGUUGUGCCCGAGAAAUACGAUGUAGUAGGUUUGACUCAUAAAGUUCAAGUCGAGUAUGGCAAUGUAGGUGUUGAUUUCAAAUAUGUAUCUCGAGAAGGCUUUGGUUGGAUGAAUGCUUCGUAUCAAAUCGGUCUUAGUAUAGUUACAAAGCAAAUGCGACGUGCUUUAGGUACCUGCACAAGUCCAGAUGUAUUCUUUGAGAAGACUGCUGCUUAUUUACAACAAGCAAAAGAAAUUACACAAAAUGGUCAAACUAUCAGUGCAAUUACUGUUAUUGAGCCUGUAGCCACUUCUGCUGGACUAUCUAAAGAUAAAGAUGAAGAAUUGGUUACUCCUCCUGAUAUUGUCGUUGAUCGUGCUUGCAGGAAUGAAUCUGUUGUACAUGAUUAUUUUAGUACUGAAGUAUGAUAUAAAACGGGUUUAUGUUUGACAUCUGAUAAAAUAAAAUUUGUUUUAUUUAUACAACAAACAA